UUAAAUGAAACAGAAAUAGGUGGCAGUGAACGGUUACAAUCAAUUGAUUGAUAAGUAAUCUAUCAAUUUUUUGCAACCAAAAUACAAAAUAAAAAUUAUAACUAAUUUUGUAAUAUGCAUUUAGAUCUGAGAGCAUCAUGCGUCAGAAAUAUCUUACGUUAACGUUGCAAGAAGCCAUUCAGUAUAUGGAAAGCUUCGAUAAUAUUGAACAUUCCGAAAAUGAUGAAGUCUUAUGUCUUCUACCUGAACCUUUUGCCGACACAGAUGAAGAAGAAGAUUCGAAUGAAAAUGAUUUGGGUGAUAUUCAGCCAGUAGAUGCCAGUGAAAAUGUUGUAAUAUUGACGAAAAGAAAUGAAAGUGAAACUGAAGCGGAAAUAAAAACUGAACAGCAAACGACUAAACACAAGGAAAAAAAUAGUGAGGGCAGUGUAUUGUCAAGUGUACUGCAAAAGAGGAAGAUUUCUCUAUUUUCAGACACAAGUAAGAGGAGAAAAAUUAUUGAUAAUAAUACCUUAAAUGAAACUGAAGAGAGGGAAUCAACAAAUAUAGAAAAAGAACCUAUAUAUGAUUGGAAUCAAAACGGAGAUAUUUUACCAAUUGAAAAAGAAAGUAUUUUAACUUUGGAGGAAACUCAUCCUCAAUUGUUUUCUCUUAGCCCCUAUGAACUCUUUCGCAAAUACUUUGAUGAUGAUAUGCUACAGUUUAUUGUUGAUGAAACUGUUCAGUAUGCUCGACAGAAAGAUGAUUUAAAUUUUAAUCUAACAAUAAAAGAUAUGGAGAAAUUCUUAGGAAUAAUACUGUUUACUGGUUAUCACCAUUUACCGCAAGAAGAUAUGUAUUGGAGUAGAGCGGAUGACUGUAACAUACCUCUGGUAUACGAAGCGAUGUCGAGGCAGUAUUUUCGGGAUAUAAAGAAAUAUCUCCAUCUGUGUAACAAUGAUUCACUUGAUCUUCAAGAUAAGCUUGUACAAGUUGGGGGAUUCUUAGAAAUGUUUUGCCAUAGACUUCAGCAAUUUGGAAUAUUUUCUGAAAAUUUAAAUGUAGGAGAAGAAAUGAUCCCGUAUACGGGAAAACAUUUUGCAAAAAUCUAUUCAAGGAACAAGACCGUUAAGAUCGGUUUUAAACUUUGGGUGUUAGCUUCGUCCGACGGCUACCCAUUCAAUUUGAAAGUGUUUACAGGGAACGAAAACAUGCCUGAUAAUGGAAAUCAGUUACCUUUGGGUACUAGAGUUGUAUUUGAUUUGAUUCCUUGUGUGACAAAGCCUAAAUGUCAUACUAUUUAUGUUGACAGUUUUUUUAAUUCUUUGACCUUGCUGAAAGAAAUGCGAGAUAAAGGAUUUAGAGCAAUAGGAACAAUCAGAGAAAAUAGGCUGCAGGGAUGUCCUCUAAAGGAAUCUGAAGAAAUGAAAAAAGAAGACCCGGGUGCAUUUGAUAAAAUGUCCACAAAAGAAAUUUUGGUUGUUAAAUUUAAUGAUAAUCGUGUCAUUUACAUGGCUUCAAAUUUCGAGUCAAUUGGACUUAAUGGAAAAACAAGAAAGUGGUGCCUGGAUAAAAAGAAAAAAAUCGAAGUGUAUCAACCUCAUAUUGUGACUAAUUAUAAUGCCAACAUAGGAGGUGUCGAUUUGCUCGCUCGAUCUUUAAAUCAAUUCCGUCCCAAAAUCAGAGGGAAUAAGUGGUGGUGGCCAUUCUUCAUAAAUACAAUAAACAUUGCAGUAGUGGCUGCUUGGAAAAUAAAAUGCAAAGGGGGAGAGAAAUUAUCUUUACUUGAUUUUUUGAGAAAUGUUACCUAUGCACUUAUAAAAAAAGAAGACUGUAAACCGCCCCGCCAAACUGGGCCUUCGCCAAUUCAAUGUAAUGAUGUGCGAUUUGAUGGGGUAAACCACUUCAUAGAAGGUGGUCAUAAACAAUCUAGGUGUAAAUUUUGCAAGAAAAAUACUCGUUUACGGUGCAUUAAAUGCAAAAUAAACCUACAUAAGGAAUGUUCAUAUAAAUAUCAUACAAAAUAAUAAUGUUAAAAUUAAAUAAGUUCUUAAAGAUUAAAAUAAUUUUUACUUUUA